GAAAUGUCAGAGUUUGCGCGCCCAAAAGGUGACAACGGCGUCCGUAAACAAAAAAUCUUUGGUUUUGUGUGGUAAUAAAGGUGUGAUUAUUUAGUGAAGAUGUCGAAAACAAGAGGAGGAAAGGGCAAAGGUGGAAAGAAAGACAGUGCUGAGAGCUGUGAGGUGUUUACGAGGCUAAAGGGAGAGACGCGGGUCUGCUUCCUCGAUAAGGAAUUAUUUGAGGUUAGGGAAGGAGUUGAGACAGCCGGUCAGUUGGAUGUGAUUUCCCUGAAGAAUCCCUCAACGCUCAAGGCAUCGAAUUAUAUUGUUUCUGGAGAUGGGAAGAGUAUCACGGAAUUGCUGCAGUUCUGUCAGCCACAUCGUUCCUGGUUCAUUGACGAAUCCAUCCAGGCGGAUGGGAAUGUUUACUUAACCACUCAGAUUGACCCUCUUUUCCUGAUUCUUCCCUACCUUGUGGAGUCCUGCAGUGAGAUGGCAUCUCCCCUGGACAGUUUUCUCGUUGAUCAGGACUUUCCGGAUAUCUUUCGGUUGCAGAAAAUCGUCACGGAGAAGCAAAUGGAUAGAAUCUCAGAUCUCAAGGGGAAUGGAAUUGUCAAGGGAUUCAAGUACAAUGAAGAAAAAACGCUCGAUUGGUUGACCCAAAAGUGCCAAAGAGUCACAAAAGUCCUCCGGGACAAGAAGAUUUUUGUUGGUCAGGGAGCAAUGUCUGCCACUUUCAUAUCUCCAGAUGCCAUCAAUGAGACUGAAGAUGCUAUGAAUUACCUGACUUAUGCCUUUUCAAUUGUCUCUGACUACAUCUCUGAAGACUUGAGUGGGCUGCUGAAGAAGAAAUUGGGAAUAGAGGAUAAAGUCGCAGCAAGUGUUAAGAGGAAGUCAUCAAAGACUCUCCAGGACACCACUGGGAAGAAGGUGAAGAAGGAAAAUGACGAAAAUGCCUUCGCUGAGACGGAUCUGGUGAAGGAGAAGGCACCGGAAGUGAAACUGACGACCAAGGAAAAGGCCCUGGCCAAAGCAGCAACUGGCACCAAGAGUAUAAUGUCAUUUUUCAAGAAGAAAUAAACUAAACAUUUUAUUUUGUGUAACGUUUUAUCGCCUUUAAACACUUUUUUCUUUUCAUGAAAUAAACAAAUGUUAGUAUCUCAAA